AAAAUAGUCUUAGGUGUACAAUGAGCAUGGUGAUACGAAUAAGGUGAUACCAAUAAGCUAUCACCAGUUCGGCGGUUCGACUAAUUAACUCACUCUGCCAUCAAUAUGUUUAAUUUCAAAGCCUUCCUACAGAAGAACUCAACGGACAAAAGGUCAACCAGCAACUUGGAAAAAUCAUGACUUUCAACAUAUUAUGGUGCCAAUUUAUUCCAAAAUUUCCUUCAGGAAAUCACUUGUUGUUUUCCAGCUAUCUUUUGUACGAUCAUCAUUCACCUAUACAGUUUCCACCUCUGAGUUGAAACACUUAGAAGUUUCUAAGAAGAAAACUUUCUCGCACAUUUUCCAAGAAUGUACUCAUCAACGAGCUCUAAAUCCUGGAAAACAAGCCCAUGCCCAGAUGAUAGUUUCUGGGUUCGAACCCACAAUCUUUGUGACCAAUUGUUUGCUUCAAAUGUAUAUAAAAUGCUCUCGUUUAGGGUAUGCUCACAAGGUGUUCGAUCAAAUGCCUCAACGAGAUACAGUGUCUUGGAACUCCAUGAUUUUUGGUUAUUCUGGGGAAGGAAAGAUGAAAGUUGCGCAAAUUCUAUUUGAUUUGAUGCCAAAGAGAGAUGUAGUGUCGUGGAAUACCUUAAUUUCAAGUUACUUACAAUGUGGGAAUCAUCAGAAAUGUGUGCAGAUAUUUUUGCAAAUUGUGAAAGAAGGGGUGUGCUUUGAUCAUACUACUUUAGCUGUUGUCAUGAAAUGUUGUUCAUUUUUGGAGGUUUAUAAAUUGGGCAUACAAAUUCAUGGCCUCGCGGUGAAAGCUGGUUUCAAGAGUGAUAUGGUCACAGGAAGUGCUUUAGUUGAUAUGUAUGCAAAAUGCAAGUAUUUGGAUGAGUCCUUGAGGUUUUUCUACGAAAUGCCGGAAAAGAACUGGGUUUGUUGGAGUGCUAUCAUUGCGGGUUUUGUUCAGAAUCACCAAUUUAUUGAUGGUUUGGAAUUGUUUAAAGAGAUGCAGAGACAAGGAGUUGGUGUUAGCCAAUCUACUUAUGCUAGUGUUUUUAGGUCAUGUGCAGGGUUAUCUGCACUUGGUUUAGGUCGUCAACUGCAUGCUCAUGCUUUGAAGACUGACUUUGGCACCGAUGUUAUUGUUGCAACUGCGACUUUGGAUAUGUAUGCAAAAAGUCAGAGUUUAGUCGAUUCUAGGAAGGUAUUUAACUCAAUGCCCAAACAUAGUGUGCAGUCCUAUAAUGCCAUGCUAGUUGGUUAUGUGCAAAGUAAUCAAGGUGCUGAAGCAUUGAAGUUGUUUCAUCAGCUGAUAACAUCUGGCAUUGGCUUUGAUGAAGUUACUUUGUCAGGUGCUUUUAGCGCCUGUGCUGUGGCUAAACAACUAUCAGCGGGCUGUCAACUACACGUUUUGGUUAUUAAGAGCAGUUUACGGUCUAAUAUUUGUGUAACAAAUGCAAUUCUGGACAUGUAUGGAAAAUGUGGAGAUGUUGUUGGAGCAGAAGGUGUAUUCAGUGAGAUGAUCAGAAAGGAUGCUGUGUCUUGGAAUGCGAUAAUUGCAGCUUAUGAGCAAAAUGGGCUGGCAGAGGAAUCUCUGCGCCUGUUUUCUUCAAUGCUGGCUUGUGGGAUGGAACCCAAUGAGUUCACUUAUGGCAGUGUUUUGAAAGCUUCUGCAGGAAAGCAACCUUCAAAAUGUGGAAUGGAGAUCCAUACUAGAGUUAUCAAAUCUGGUAUGGGCUUCCACCCUUUUGUGGGAAGUACUUUGGUGGAUAUGUACUGCAAGUAUGGGUUGAUCGAUGAGGCUAUGAAGCUUCAUGAUAGACUGGAGGAACAGAACAUUGUUUCAUGGAAUGCAAUUAUUUCAGGAUGUUCACCCCAAAAAGAGAAUGAGGAAGCCCUAAGAAUUUUUUCUCUGAUGCUGGAAAUGGGCAUUAAACCAGAUAAUUUUACUUAUGCAACAAUUCUAGAUACCUGUGCUAACCUUGCACUUGUGGGACUCGGGAAGCAAAUCCAUGCUCAAAUUAUCAAGCACGAACUGCAAACCGAUGUGUAUAUUGUAAGCACUCUUGUUGACAUGUAUUCAAAAUGCGGUAACAUGCUAGAUUCUCAGCUGAUGUUUGAAAGAUCUGUUCAUCGGGAUUUUGUGACAUGGAACGCAAUGAUAUGUGGCUAUGCUUAUCAUGGAUUUGCGGAAGAAGCUCUCAAAAUCUAUGAAGAUAUGAAGAAAGAGAAAGUAAAGCCGAACCAUGCAACAUUCAUUUCAGUUCUGCGGGCUUGUGGUCACAUGGGGCUUGUUGAAAAAGGCUGGGAUCACUUUUGUUCAAUGCAAAGCUAUGGGUUGGAUCCUCAACUGGAUCAUUAUUCGUGCAUGGUGGAUAUGCUAGGGAAGUCAGGGCAGGUUAGCAAGGCUCUACAACUUAUUGAAGAUAUGCCGUGUGAGGCUGAUGAUGUUAUUUGGAGAACCUUGCUCAGCGUUUGUAAGAUGUAUGGAAAUGUGGAGGUUGCAGAAAAGGCUGCAAAUUCCAUCCUUCAAUUGGAUCCCGAGGAUUCCUCUGUCUACAUUCUCCUUGCAAAUAUAUAUGCUGAUGCUGGGAUGUGGAAUGAGGUUUCGAGGAUAAGGAGGUCGAUGAAGGAUAAUAAGGUGAAAAAGGAGCCAGGUUGCAGCUGGAUAGAGGUGACAGGAGAUGUGCACACGUUCUUGGCGAAUGAAAAGGCUCAUCCAAGUCGUGAAGCAAUAUUAGAGGAACUUAAUUUGCUCUACACUGAGAUGAGAGAGAUUGAAUAUUUACCCGAGGAUGACUCUUCUCUCUAUAUUGAAAUUUGCUGAAUUGCAUAGAUGAAUUUUCUAAGGAGCAAGGAGUAGGCAAUGAUUGAUUGAUUGGUGAAUAGAUUCGAGCCACUGGACUCCUCGGCUGACUUGAUCCUAUGGAAUUUUAUAGCAAGGUGUAUUAAAUAUAAUCAUAUAAAGGCUUCAGUAUCCUGGCACUUCACAGGAUAUGGCGCACUAGAACCAGCAAUGUGUAUUCCACGAAACUGCACAAUGCUCGAAACUGUGGAACGAGUUGGUUACUUAGUAUGUGUCAAAUGGCGAAUUUACAUCCUAUGAGUCAUUCCUACUAGGAUUUUGGGACAUUCAAGUAUACUCAGUUGCCAAUGAUUUACUAAACGGAAACUUCUGCAACAGCCUGAUCAGUUAAACUUGAGGAACUUUUGGUUUUAUGGAUAAGUUUAGAGAUAAGUUUGUUCCUUUGGUGAUAUUUUUUUGACAAACCACAGGAUUAAUGGCUAAAUGGCUGCAACUGCAUUUCACAGAUCAGACCAAGUGGUUGAUGCUCUAGUUCUGAAAGAGGAGAAAUUGUCAUUCAGGAGCAUUUCACGUUAAAGUUUAACACACGCAGGAUUUUCUGCUGCUAAUUUUUGGUACAAGAACACAUGAGAAACAAUAUGUGUGUCUUAACUUAUUAAGGUACUUUUCAAAGUCUUCAACAAGACAUAUCAUUUCCUUAAUAUUUUUUAGAAGGAAAUAUAUUUUGUGAAUGAGGCAAAUUUGAACAAGUAAAGAGUUAUCAAUUAAA